GUAAAUAUUUAUACAUUUUAUUUUGAAGAUUUUGAUUGAUAUUUUAAGAUUAUUCUUUUCGAAAUGUUGUUGUUGUUUCCAUAGACAUAUAUACGUCAUACGUAUACUAUGUCCCCUGCGCGAGUGUUACAGCUAUUGUUGUCCCCCUAUUUCCUUCUCUCGCCGUUCGUUCCACAACACGCAUGUUUCCAGUUUUAUCGACCAGUCCGCUAAUAUCGAUGACAUGAGUGCCGAAAAUUGCGAUGUAAAUUUGACUGUGCCUUUGCGGAAUGUACUGAACUCCAUUCAGUGUAUUAGAGACCGAGUACGAGAUGGAGAAUCAAACGCAUCAGAUGGAGCCUUUAACUUGUCCAACUUCUGGGACACUUUGAACCAGGCAGUAAAGGCAGUUUCCCAGGAAGCUACUAAACUCAGCUUGGCCUUCUCCAAACCGCCAUUACCAUCACAACAGGAUGGAGAGAAGUUGUCCGAGUCUAUCCUGAAGAGCGUCCUGACUCUGUCCACGGUGUAUUACUGGCUGCCUAAGAGCCAAGGGGUCACUCUGCGCCGGCAGGUCAGAGACGCCACGGUGGAGGUGUUGGAGGGAGUCCAGCAGCUGCUGGAGGUCAUUCUGAGCUCGCCGCUUCAGAGCCUGAGCCAGGAGCAGCUGACGUCCACGGGGGGGGUGUGGUCUGCCUGCGACCGCUUCGCCCGCAUGCCCAGAGACAACAAGGCGGCUCUGCUGGUGGUCCUGUCUUCUCAGACCGGAGUCGUAAAAGACGCCAUCGAGGAAAUCGAGCAGGCCUUAUCUGAGGUCCAGGACCCGUUCAGCGACGUGCUCGACGACGAGGAGGACGGAGACGAUCCCCGCGGCAACCAGGACACGUACUGGUCGGAGCGGGACCGGUGCCUGAUGGCGCCGUGCCAGGGCCUGAUGAAGGCGGCGGCCGCGUGCCUGCGGAAGCUGGCGGCGGCCGUCAGGACCCACGGCGACUGCGGCUCGGCCCAAAACGUGGCCCAGCUGGACGACCUGGCCGACAUCAGCCGGGAGGUCAGCCCCAGCCUGGACGACCUGGCCCUCUGCCUCUACCCCCCCAUGGACUACAGCGGAGUAGAAACCAACGUUUCUAAACUGGCGGCACUUUUAAAGAAAUUUCUGGAAAUCGUAAGGUCCAGUCACACGUGUGGAGAGUCAGAGCUGACCUGGGUUCAGUUCUUGGAGGGCGCGGUCAGCCACAACCUGCAGAAGGCCGCAGAUCUCAUCCAGCAGGACGGAUAACGCCUGCGCGCCGUCGGGGGGGCAAAAGGGACGGCUGGAUGUGUCCAAAAACACCCCGAAGGACUUUUCCACCUUCCUCUGGAACAGUUGAGUCUACCACAAAGGAGGCCGGUCUUUAAGUAUCCUCUUUAAGUGUCCGAUUAACGGAAAAACCAGGAAAAAAGAGGCCAGACCUCGAUAGACUCACA